AUGUCUGAGGGAGAAAGCAAACAGGCCCCUGACACUGUCCAGGAUGGAAAGUCUGAAUCCAUGGCAGCUGCAUCCACAGGUCAAGGAGUGUCAUCCGUGUCUCCUCCUGUGUCCAUGGUGACCCAGCCUCCAGCUACUGCUGCCACAGAGGACGAGGAGGAGGAGAGCGAGGAUGAGUCAGAGAUACUGGAGGAGAGUCCAUGUGGACGCUGGCAGAAACGCAGAGAAGAGGUAAAUCAGCGAAACGUCCCUGGGAUCGAUAAUGCCUACUUGGCCAUGGACACUGAGGAAGGAGUGGAGGUGGUGUGGAAUGAGGUCAUGUUCUCAGAGAGGAAGAAUUUCAAACUACAGGAGGAAAAAGUCAAAGCAGUUUUUGACAAUUUGAUCCAGCUGGAGCAUCUGAACAUUGUGAAGUUCCACAAGUACUGGGCUGAUGUUAAAGAGAACAGAGCAAGGGUCAUUUUCAUCACAGAAUACAUGUCAUCAGGAAGUCUCAAACAGUUUUUGAAAAAGACAAAGAAAAACCACAAGACCAUGAAUGAAAAGGCCUGGAAGCGCUGGUGCAUACAAAUACUGUCUGCUCUCAGCUACCUACACUCCUGUGAACCUCCCAUCAUCCAUGGCAACCUGACCUGUGACACCAUCUUCAUCCAGCACAAUGGCCUCAUCAAGAUUGGCUCAGUUGCUCCAGACACGAUCAAUAACCAUGUGAAAACCUGUCGGGAAGAGCAGAAGAGCCUUCACUUCUUUGCCCCAGAAUACGGAGCUGUUGCCAGCGUCACCACAGCCGUGGAUAUCUAUUCCUUUGGAAUGUGCGCCUUAGAGAUGGCUGUGUUGGAAAUCCAGAGUAAUGGGGAUUCGUCUUACGUGUCCCAAGAAGCCAUAAACAGUGCCAUUCAGUCCCUUGAGGACACACUGCAACGGGAGUUUAUCCAGAAGUGUCUGGAGGUGGACCCCAGUAAGCGACCCACAGCGAAGGAGCUGUUGUUUCACCAGGCCUUGUUUGAGGUGCCCUUACUCAAGCUGCUGGCUGCACACUGCAUUGUCGGCCACCAGCAUAUGAUUCCAGAAAAUGCUUUAGAAGAGAUGACGAAGAACAUGGACCCUAAUUUGGUGAUUGUUGAGACCAAGAAUGGAGUUCAGAUGAAACUCUCUCAGUUUCCUGCCCUUGAGCUGGACAAGUUCCUGGAAGAUGUAAGGAAUGGGAUCUAUCCUCUGACUGCGUUUGGGAUGCCAUGUCCACAACAGCCUCAGCAGGAGACGGUGAAGUCGCCCAUAGUGCCCCCCUCAGUGAAAACCCCGACCCCUGAACCUGCAGAGUUGGAGACCAGGAAGGUCCUUCAGAUGCAGUGCAAUAUUGAGCCUGUUGAUGAGGGCACCAAACAUCAUCUGACCCUGCUGUUGAAACUUGAGGACAAGUUGAACAGGCACUUAAGCUGUGAUUUAUUACCAAAUGAGAGCGUGCAGGAGCUGGCUGUGGAGCUCGUUCAGCUGGGAUUCAUCAGUGAGGGCGAUCAGCCACGACUUGCAUCCGUUCUUGAAGAGGCCUUCUCAAAGUUCUACAGCCGGAAUGGUUCUCUCAAUCCGGUGACUGUUUCCUCGUAGCAGGGGACUCGCUCGGCCUUCUCUCAGCACCUCCUCUUCCUCUACAACAGGACUAGCUUUUUGCUCCAUCUCUGAGUUGCAGGAAAGCUUUGCGAGGACGGAGGAGGAAGCCUUGGUCUGGUUGCAGAUCCUGCAGCCUGUUCUUGUAUCUUCUGGUGGGAAAAGCUACCACUAAGUGGUCAUUGCUUUCUUUUUUUUUUUUUUUUUGUCUGUUCUCCCACCCAAUACAGCCAUCUGCUUCUCUUUUAAAAGAGGAAAUCCUAGUUGCAACUUAAAGGAAAAUACAGUGUUUUCACUUUUUGGCUUAUUUAAAGAUCAAGCCACAUUAAACUGGAUAACAGCAGUAUCUUCCUUAAGUCAGUAUUAAAACUGUAUUUUAAAUAUUUUUACUUAAAACUGUCAAAUAGUUGUCUGUAUGAAAAAAAUCUUUGUCCCGCAUACUGAAUUGUAUGUAUUAUGGUGUUGUAAGGUUAAGUCUGGUCCUUUUAUUCUCUCGAGCAGCAAGCGAGGCAUCUUCCUACCUUGUAUCAAUUUUUCGAAGACUCUCCAACGCAUCAAGCAACCGAUGCAACGUCACUUUCACUUCAGAAUUCUGUAGCUGUAAAAUGUAUUCAUCAAACAUGCAGCUGCAACACAAUCUAAAGAGCUGCAGCUAAAAUAUUGAAAAGCAAACUAUUUAUUUGUGUAUCUUCUCUUAAGUGUGUACUAUGAUUCAUUUGCAGCACUAAGGUUGGCAGUUGUUUGAAUGUAUGCUUUUAGUUGCUUUCUUUACAUCAAGCUGUUAUUUUUUUAUGGAAAAAAAGGGGGGUGUCGUCUCUCAACUGUGGUCCAAUUACUUCUGUUGUACAAGUAGCCCAUAGCAGCACUUAUUGAGUAGAGCGAGGUCAAUGAAAAGUCAUCUUUAGGGGGCAUUUUAUGCUGGAGAGGUUGUUGAGUUUAACGUUGAAGAAAAUGAUGCAUGUGUUGCGCUUGCUUCUGGAGUUUGUUAAAGACGAUGGUGAAAGAUUAAAGUUUUGGCAGCUGAGAAGUCUCAACAUUACAAUUUUGCGGCAACUUUGAACCAUUUCUUAAUGGUCUUGUAAAACCUGCCCUCCCACCUAAACAGUCAGUCACUGGCUCAGACCACUCUUCUAUGUAAAUGUUUGGGGAUCUCUCUGCUAGUUUGCACUGCUGUACACUUUUAUAUUCUGUUUGAAAUGUCCUGUAGCCUCUGACUCCUUCACAACAACAGGAGGGACUUAGAUGAUUUGGAAAUGACGUCAUUAAAAACUUAGUCUUGUCUGAUCUAUGCUGUGACUACCUUCUGACAGGGUCUGUAGAUACUGCGAGAUACAAGUGGGUCUGCCUGGCAUGCUUGUAACCAUCUUGUACACUGUAUGCUGGACACUGCAACGCAUUUACCCUCUUUUUUCACUUCCUGAAAUAAAAAUUUACACUAUCAGCACUUGA